AUGUCCGGAAGCGCCCCAAUCCUACCUACGAUCUCGCUCAACAUCAGCUACGAGGAAGAGCGAGCCAAGAUCACCGACUUCCUCCUCUUCUUCAAAGCACCUGCAUCCCGUCUUUCCACCCUAUCCUCGACACAGAACGGUGCACCCGUCAGUCUCGAAGAUCCCGAUGAGGACGAAGACGACCUCAACGUCGACCGCGACCUGACCGGCGCCAUCGACCACAUGGAUGUCGACCGCUCAGCCUCUCAACGACGCAGUCGCGCUGCAGCCGAAGCUUCCGCCUCUUCCUCACGCCAAGUACCCUUCUACAUGCACCAGCUCCAAAAUAUCGCAAACCGGGAACAAAACUCGCUCAUCAUUGACCUGAACGAUGUCGCUUCUCACUUCAACACUACCACCAACGAGUCCGGGAAAGAGCUCGUAGGUGCCAUCCGAAACAACGCAAAGAGAUACCUCGACCUAUUCUCCGAGUGCGUCGACAAAUUGGUACCAGAACCAUCCAAGGACAUUUCUCACAAAGACGACGUCCUCGAUGUCAUCCGACAUCAACGUAUGGAGCGAAACGCUCGAACCGUCGAAAGCGCCGAGGAUCCCAACGACGCGGGCGUGGCACCGGAAGAUGCGAGCGACAAUAUCUUCCCUCCCGUGCUUCUGCGCAGGUAUACGCUCUACUUCAAGCCCUACACCGGAAGGAUGCAGGGGGAGCAGCACCCGGAAGAACCGCUCGCCGUCCGAUCCGUCCGAGGCUCGCACUUGGGCAAACUCAUCACCGUCCGCGGCAUCGUCACGCGCGUUUCCGAGGUGAAGCCCUUCCUGCUGGUCGAUGCGUAUGCGUGCGAUGUCUGUGGUGCGGAGGUGUUCCAGGAAGUCACUUCGCGACAGUACAUGCCGUUGACGCAGUGCAACUCUCGUCGGUGCAUGACGAACAACACACGCGGACCGCUGUACCCGCAAGUGCGAGCGUCGAAGUUCGUUCCCUUCCAAGAAGUCAAGAUCCAGGAGAUGGCAGACCAGGUGCCUGUCGGACACAUCCCGCGAACGAUGACCAUCCACGUCUACGGUCCGCUGACGCGCGCCAUGAACCCCGGUGACGUAGUCCACGUCGGCGGCAUCUUCCUCCCCAUGCCCUACUCCGGCUUCAAAGCCAUCCGAGCCGGCUUGCUCACCGACACCUACCUCGACGCGCAGUCCAUCCACCAGCUCAAGAAGCAGUACACCGCCAUGCAGCGCACCCCCGAAAUCGCCGCGCAGAUCGCCGAGCUGAAAGACGAUCCGGCUCUGUACCAGAAGCUCGCCUCGUCCAUCGCACCCGAGAUCUACGGCCACGAGGACGUCAAGAAGUGCCUGCUGCUGCUGCUCGUCGGCGGUGUGAGCAAGACCGUCGGCGACGGGAUGAAGAUCCGCGGAGACAUCAACGUGUGCCUCAUGGGCGAUCCGGGUGUGGCCAAGUCGCAGCUGCUCAAGUAUAUUUCGAAAGUGGCACCGCGUGGCGUGUACACCACGGGACGAGGUUCUUCGGGCGUCGGUCUCACCGCUGCUGUUAUGCGCGAUCCCGUGACCGACGAGAUGGUGCUCGAAGGAGGCGCGCUCGUGCUCGCCGACAACGGAAUUGCGUGCAUCGACGAGUUCGACAAGAUGGAGGAGUCCGACCGAACCGCCAUCCACGAAGUGAUGGAGCAGCAGACUAUCUCGAUCUCCAAGGCGGGCAUCACCACGACUUUGAACGCCAGAACAUCGAUCCUCGCUGCUGCAAAUCCGCUGUACGGACGCUACAAUCCGAGGGUUUCUCCCGUGGACAACAUCAACCUUCCCGCGGCGUUGUUGAGUCGAUUCGACAUCCUCUACCUCAUCCUCGACACACCGACCCGGGAUGACGACGAACGUCUGGCGCAGCACGUCACCUACGUCCACAUGCACAACCAUCACCCCGAGCUCGAGUUCGACGUCAUCUCACCCACCCUCAUGCGUCACUACAUCGCCCUUGCACGACAGAAACGUCCCGUGCUCUCCAAAUCCGUCUCGGACUACGUCGUCGGUGCCUACGUCCAGAUGCGUACCCAGUACAAGGAAGACACCCUCCCCUCGUCCUCUUCUCACGAACCUUCUUCCGGAACCGGCUACGUCUCGGCGCGAACCCUACUCGGUAUCAUCCGUCUCUCGCAAGCCCUGGCACGUCUUCGUUUCGACGACUCUGUCUCCAUCCCGGACGUAGACGAAGCACUUCGGUUGCUCGAAGUUUCCAAAUCCUCUAUCCUCAACCACCCCUCGCUCUCCUCUUCCCGAGAUCUCGGUCAGGACACGACGUACAUCAGCAAGAUCUACCGCAUCAUCCGGGAGUUUCACAACCUUCACCAAUCUUCCGCCGCGGUGGAGGAGGAAGAUCUCGAUGGAGAUACCGAGAUGUAUCCUACACCCAACGGGGUUCUGAUGAACGAUUUGAGAGCGAGGGUGAUCGCGAGUGGGUUUGUGGAGGAUCAGUUCCAGGAGUGUCUACAGGAGUACCAGGAUUUGGGGGUUUUGCAGAUCAGUGGAAAUCGUGUCGUCUUCCCCUAA